UCUCACACACACAGAGGGCCAGAGAAAGGGAAGAGCAGGGGAGCGUUGGAGCGAGUGGAAAACUAGAAAGCCCUACUGAAAGGAGUGAGGAUAGGAGGGGAGAGGUGGCUCGGGGAGAGGCUCUGGGAAUAGGAAAACUGAGCAGGAAGGAGGGCGGAAAACUGUGGACUAAGGCGCUCCGAAGAACUGAACCCAGAGGAGUGGAAGGAAGGAAGAUGUCAGCGAUUACCUCGGAGAAUGGCCUGGAAGACGCACACAGCAAAAGUUUCUGGGUGCCUGGGAACUACCAGCGUACGGUCAAGCGGACGGAGGACUCCUUCCAGGCGUGUAAUGACAUCGUGGCGUGCUUCCAGGAGAGGGCCCGUGUGGAGCGGCAGUAUGCCCAGCAGCUCGCCGAGUGGAGCAACAAGUGGAAGCCCCUGGUGGAGACCAGCCCGCUCUACGGCUCCCUGCUGAAGGCGUGGAAGUGUUUCCUGUCCUCUGCGGACCGCCUGGCCUCCUACCACUCCUCCAUGUGCCGCUCGCUGGUGGCGGAGGACGGCGACCGCGUGCGCAGCUGGCAGAAGGAGAGCUUCCACAAGAAGUUCUUCGGAGGCUUCAAGGAGUCCCAGGACUUCGGCACCGGCUUUGCACGUGCUCAGAAGCCCUGGGCCAAGCGGCUUAAGAAGCUGGACAAGGCCCGCAGCGCGUACCACAAGGUGAGCCGGCGGGAGCAUCUGGUGCGGGAGCGGGAGGCGCACGCCGCCGGGAACCCCGACGUGGCCAUCGAGAAGCAGAAGAAGAUCCAGGAGGAGAGGGAGGCAGCCCAGCAGGUGGCUGACAAGGUGCGUGCGCGCUACGAGAAGGUCCUGGAGGAGGUGAGUCGCUACGCGCCGCGCUACAUGGAGGAGAUGGAGUGCAUCUUCGACCAAUCACAGGAGGAGGAGAGGAAGAGGAUCAGCUUCCUGAAGGAGGCCUUCCUCUCCAUCCACAAGCACCUCGACGUCACCACCAACCAGAGUGUGAAGGCUGUGUACAGCGAGCUCCACAACACCCUCAUGGCCAUCGACGACCAGGAGGACCUGAGGUGGUGGAAGAACACGUAUGGACCGGGGAUGCCCACCGACUGGCCCCAGUUCCAGGAGUGGAAACAGGAGAAGAAAACUAAGAAGGAGAAAGUGAAGAAGGUGGUGGAGCAGAAAGCAGCCAUCGAGAAGAGUACGAUGAUCGGGGGGGUGAAGGUUCGAGCGCUGUACGACUACGAUGGCCAGGAGACUGAUGAGCUCACCUUUAAAUCAGGCGAGGAGUUCCUGAAGAUCGAGGACGAGGACGACCAGGGCUGGUGUCGGGGGGUCCUGGAGGGGGGUCGCGAGGGGCUGUACCCGGCCAACUACGUAGAGGCCGUCUAGGCCGUGUCACCGCCCGUCUCCAUGGCAACCCGUCCAGCAGCAGCAUCAGCGUCGACGUGAAACCGAUGGCGGCGUGCGUACCCACGAGUGUGUUUCGGAGUCUCAACCGCGGGCCAGAGGGGACAGAGACAGUUGUUUGUUGGUGGUGGUGUUCGGGCGGUGGUGCUGGGAUGCUGGCGGUGUUGCGGGGGUGUUGCCAUGGACCACCUCAUCCUCAUCGGUGAAGCCAUCAGAGGUAAUGUAGCACUUAGCCAAAGAUCCGGGGUGUGAUUAGAAGCUCAGCUCUGAGUCACACGCCCUCAACCCCACCCGGGAAACCAGAAACUACCAGGACGUGUGAACCGAGAAAUAAGUUAAUAAAUCUUUUAAUAUUUAUAUACAUAUAUAGAUAUAUGUGUACGUAUAUAUUUUGUAUGCGUUCAUCACUCGAAUUCGAUUUAGGAACAGUGCGUUGAUGUACAUUGGGGCAGAAACAUGCUGGAUAUUGAAGGAACAAGAUGUUAUUAAGAGAGCUUUCAAUCAGUGCUGAAACCACUGCCCUUAAAGGACAAAUCUAGUGUAAAAUGGAUUUGGGAUAUGUUUGGUAUGAUAACGAAUUGGGACGUUUGUUUUGUAGCAAAAAAGCGCAAAACAUCAAACUAUCAAAACGCUAUUAACUUGGAACGAUAGGGGCAUGUGUUAUGGUAAAAACUAAAUCGUUAUUUUAAACCACUUAAAACGCUAGAAGUAGCCUAGCAUUCCUUUGGUAGUAUAAUAAGGGUCUUAACAUAUAAAACGAGGCAUUGAUAAGACUUUGUAAGCGUACAGAUUGUUUAUUAAAAAGGACAUUUUAUACACCAAUUACCAUCAGUAGUUCACCCGUCGACGCCAUCUUGGUUGACUCGAUGAGUAGAUUGACAAGCACAGAGAUUGUGCCAUCCAUCAACAACACGCAAGCUCUGUGUUUGCCAAUCUACUUAUCGAUUCUUAAAAACGGGUGGACUACUGAUUGUAAUGUUUGUAUAAAAUGUCCUUUUUAAUAAACAAUCUGUACACUUACAAAGUUAUCAAUGCCCUUUUUAUAUGUUAAGUCCCUUAUUAUACUACCAAAGAAAUGUCGGGCUACUUCUAGCGUUUUAAGUGGUUUAAAAUAGCGAUUUAGUUUUUACCAUAACACAUGCCCCUAUCGUUCCAAGUUUAUAGCGUUUUGAUAGAAUCGGCUAAAAACAGCCAACUGAAGAAUGCGUCUGUAUGCGCUUUUUUGCUCCAAAGAGAACAUUCCAACUCGUUAUCAUACCAAACAUAUCACAAAUCCAUUUUACACCAGAUUUGUCUUUUAAGCUUAUUCUGAUCAAUAAACAUUUGUGCUAUCAAAAUGCUGAUGCUUUACAGUAGCUUUAAUACAAAGAGGAUUUCACUUUGCCCUGCUGGCUUUAUGCAUUCACAAAGAUAGAAAGAUAGAUAGAAUCAUAGUAAGUCAAUAAGUGAAUUGUAAUAUCGCUCUCUUUAUCUCUAUCUCUCUGUAUCGCUAUUUAAGCCACAAAUUGCGACUUUGCCAAAUGUAGCCCAUGUUUAGUAAUCUUGUUUCAGUACUGUCUGUUCUGUACGCCAUGCAUGAUGUAAUGAUAACGCUCCACUUUCCCGCGAUAAGAAAAUCCUUUUCUCUGUUUUUGAAAUAAAAUUGGACAUUUCACAUUUUAA